AUGCAGUGCGAGGGCCGCGUACGACAAGGGAAGGCCAAGAGCGAGUUCCAGCCUGGCAAUCGCAUCUGCAAAGCCCCUCAUUCCUCGACACAGUCGAACGUCGUGGCCCCCGACCUGCAAGCCAGAUCACCUGUUGAAGCACCUUCCCUGUUCGCCAAAAGCCAGCUGCUGUCCGUUCACCCAUGGCUCAGCCAAUUCGACUCUCCGCAUCGAGAUGGCAUCGCAACUGAACAGCCGCAUACUCCUUCCAUCUUUGAUCAUGCCGGGAUCGAAGUUGAUGUGCACCAGCUGUCCGGCAUUCUCGACUGGGUAGACGAAGAGAUCGGCCUCAGCCGCUUAAAUGACAUCCAUGAUUGGUUAUGGAUUGUCGGUCGGCCCAUGCCGCCGCGUCCGCUCCACCAGCAGCGCCUCCUGAAUCGCGAGAUCGUGAUAACCGAGAAGCUGGAUCUGCACCUCGACCUGCGGGAACGUGCUCUUAGCCUCCUUUUCUCAUACGCUGCCCUCAUCGUAUAUGAAAGCGACUUCCAUAUUGCCAAGGAAACACAUCUUAUUCCAGAAGAGGUACUUUGGACGACCUGGAGGACGGCUGUCCGGGAGCUGUUGGAUCUAUCACCCAUCUACGCCUUGAUCAACCCACGUUUCCAUUACGGGGAGCUCCGCCUCAGCCGACUCGACAAGAUUUACUUCUUUUGGAAGACACCACUCCGAGGCUAUUUGCCAUACUGGAGCCAGUACCGCUUAUUCUUUCAGGACAACUUUGGCUGGCUGGCUAGCUCAACCGUUUACAUCGCCGUCGUCCUAACGGCCAUGCAGGUCGGCCUUGCGACAGAGGCCCUUCAAAGCAACGCAGCUUUCCAGUCAGCAUCGUACGGCUUUACCAUCUUUUCUAUCUUAGGGCCUUUAGGCGCUGCAGGCCUGGUCAUAGUCAUAUUUUGCUACUCGUUCAUCGGCAAUUGGGUUGCUACACGACAGUACAGCAAGCAAAGGUUGCAACGAAUUGAGGGCCGUUGA